UUCUACGACACAUCGAUCGAUCAGCCAGCUGCUGUCUUGUUGUCCCUGGAUCACUUGCAAUCGAGACUCAUGGCAGCGACGCCGAGAACGAGAGGCGCCACCGCUCUCCUGCCACUGCUCCUCCUCCUCGUUGCCGCCGCCAACAGUACCAGCCAUGCCGCCACAUUGAACAUCACCAACCUAUGCUCCUUCACCGUGUGGCCAGCCGCCGCGCCGGUGGGUGGCGGCGUGCGGCUCGACCCAGGCAAGUCGUGCCCGCUCGACGUGCCCGCGGGCACCGGCGCUGGCCGGGUGUGGCCGCGCACGGGCUGCAGGUUCGACGCCAACGGCAACGGGUCGUGCCAGACGGGCGACUGCGGCGGCGCGCUGUCCUGCAAGAGAAACGGCGAUCCGCCUCUGACGCUCGCCGAGUUCUCCAUCGGCCAGCUUAACAGCCAGGACUUCUUCGACAUCUCCCUCGUCGACGGCUUCAACGUGCCCAUGGACUUCCUCCCAGCGCCGGAGCCGAGACAGGCCGGAGCGCCGCGGUGCAGCAAGGGGCCGCACUGCCAGGCCAACGUCACGGCGCAGUGCCCCGACGAGCUCAAGGCGCCUGGAGGCUGCAACAGCGCGUGCAAUGUGUUCAGGCAGGACAAGUACUGCUGCACUGGCAGCGGCAGCGGAAAUGGCACCUGCGAGCCCACCACCUACUCCCUGUCCUUCGUGAGGAUGUGCCCCGAUGCCUACAGCUACUCCAGGGACGCUGAUUCCAGCACCACCUUCACUUGCCCAUCAGGGACCAACUACCAGAUCAUCUUCUGCCCUCCAGCUGAUAUGACUUCUUCGUCUCCGACUCCACCCAAUCCACCCAUUGCGAUCGGUCCUCCAGGCAUGGAAUCCUCAUCCAAAAGAGGAGGUAGGGUGGUUGCUGCCAUCGUAUCUUCUGUGAUCGGCUCCACUGCAGCAUUCGCCAUUGUUAUCGCUUACGUCAUGAUCAAACGAAGAACACGGCGGCAUAGGGAGAUGCAGGACGAGGAACAAGAGUUUGAGGAGCUGCCCCUUCAAGGAAUGCCAAGAAGGUUCACAUUUCAGAAGCUACAAGAAGCAACCGACCAAUUCAGUCACAAGCUCGGUGAAGGUGGAUUUGGGUCUGUUUUCAUGGGAGAUAUUGGAGGUGAAAGAGUUGCUGUAAAACGCUUGGAUCGAAGUGGUCAGGGAAUGAGAGAAUUUUUGGCAGAGGUUCAGACAAUCGGCAGCAUUCACCACAUCAAUCUAGUGAGGCUGGUUGGCUUCUGUGCAGAGAAAUCACAAAGGCUUUUGGUUUAUGAGUAUAUGCCCAAAGGAUCCUUGGAAAGGUGGAUCUAUCACCAGCAAGGCAUUGAUUCUCCUGCUCUAGAUUGGUGGACACGACACAAGAUUAUUACUCAAGUAUCCAAGGGUCUCUCGUACCUUCAUGAGGAGUGCACAAAGAGAAUUGCUCACUUGGAUGUAAAACCACAAAACAUCCUCCUAGAUGACAACUUCAAUGCUAAAAUUUCUGACUUUGGACUAUGCAAGCUCAUUGAUCGAGAUAAGAGCCAAGUGAUUACCAGAAUGAGAGGCACACCUGGCUAUUUAGCUCCUGAAUGGCUGACAUCUCACAUCACGGAAAAGGCUGAUGUCUAUAGCUUUGGCAUCGUAGUCAUGGAAAUCAUCAGUGGAAGAAAGAACCUUGACACUUCCAGGUCUGAACAGAGUAACCAUCUAAUUACCUUAUUGCAAGAAAAAGUAAAGAGUGAUCAGUUGGUAGAUUUGAUUGACAAGCACAGCAAUGAAAUGCAAGCACAUGAGCAAGAAGUAAUUGACAUGAUGAAACUGGCAAUGUGGUGUUUGCAGAUUGAUUGCAAAAGAAGGCCUCAAAUGUCUGAGGUUGUCAAAGUCUUGGAAGGUGCCAUAAGUAUCAACACUGACAUAGACCAUAACUUCGUCGCAACAAAUCCAGUAAGCUUUGGUGUUACUGGAACUGCGGAUUCAGAUCCCCCUCUAGCCUCUGAUGUAUCAGGCCCCAGGUGAAAGAGGCCAUUGUAAUGGCAUUAUAUCUUGCAAUGAUUUAAAUUCUCGAAUAUUGCAAACUCUAUUCAAUC